AUGAAAAUUUUCGUGAUUUUGUCUUUUGUUUUGGUGGCAAUGAUCCUUGCACCAGCAAUGGCGCAGCAAAUUCAGUGCGCUCCACCUGAUUGUAAUGUCGUGGCUAAUCGUAAUUUGCUGUUUCCACACAACAAUCCAAGUGCUUUCUUCCAAUGCGUUCCCCGAGGUGAUGUUUGGAUGGCAGUUGAAAGGCCAUGUCAAUGCAUGACAUUCUUCUACACCAACCUCCAAAGAUGUGAAGAUGCUGCCAAUUGGUCACCACAAUGCGUUCGUCAUAGUCCCGACGCUGUGCCAAGACCUUGUGAAUAA